ACGUGAGGAAGUUUACUGGAGUAAAAUGGAGGCCUCGGUAAUAUUACCCAUUCUGAAGAAAAAACUAGCCUUCCUUUCAGGAGGAAAGGACAGACGAAGUGGCCUCAUUCUGACAAUUCCAUUAUGCUUGGAACAGACAAAUAUGGAUGAGCUGAGUGUCACCUUAGACUAUCUACUCAGCAUUCCAAGUGAAAAGUGUAAGGCUAGAGGAUUUACCGUGAUUGUGGAUGGCAGAAAAUCACAGUGGAAUGUGGUGAAAACAGUAGUCUUAAUGCUACAGAAUGUUGUUCCAGCUGAGGUGUCCCUUGUUUGUGUGGUAAAGCCAGAUGAAUUCUGGGAUAAGAAAGUAACACAUUUUUGCUUUUGGAAAGAAAAGGAUAGACUUGGCUUUGAGGUUAUUUUAGUGUCUGCCAAUAAAUUGACUCGUUAUAUAGAACCAUGUCAGUUAACAGAAGAUUUUGGUGGAAGUCUCUCUUAUGAUCACAUGGACUGGUUAAAUAAGAGGCUGGUUUUUGAGAAGUUUACAAAGGAAUCUACAUCAUUAUUAGAUGAACUUGCUUUGAUUAACAAUGGAAGUGAUAAAGGAAAUCAAGAGAAAGAAAGGUCUGUGGAUUUAAACUUCCUUCCAUCAGUUGAUCCUGAAACAGUUCUUCAGACAGGGCAUGAAUUGUUAUCCGAAUUACAGCAGCGUCGAUUCAAUGGCUCAGAUGGAGGAGUGUCAUGGUCUCCUAUGGAUGAUGAACUGCUUGCACAGCCACAGGUUAUGAAAUUAUUAGAUUCACUGAGAGAGCAAUAUACUCGUUACCAGGAAGUUUGUAGACAACGUAGUAAGCGUACACAACUAGAAGAGAUUCAACAGAAGGUGAUGCAGGUUGUGAACUGGCUUGAAGGACCUGGAUCAGAACAACUUAGAGCCCAGUGGGGGAUUGGAGAUUCCAUUCGGGCUUCGCAGGCCCUACAACAGAAGCACGAAGAGAUCGAGAGCCAGCACAGUGAAUGGUUCGCAGUGUAUGUGGAGCUUAAUCAGCAAAUUGCAGCACUCUUAAAUGCUGGGGAUGAGGAAGAUCUUGUGGAGCUGAAGUCCCUGCAGCAACAACUUAGUGAUGUUUGCUAUCGACAGGCCAGUCAGCUGGAAUUUAGGCAAAAUCUCUUACAAGCAGCCCUUGAAUUUCAUGGUGUUGCCCAAGAUUUGUCUCAGCAGUUGGAUGGCUUAUUAGGGAUGUUGUGCGUAGAUGUAGCACCAGCUGAUGGAGCAUCGAUUCAGCAAACUUUAAAACUGCUUGAAGAGAAGCUGAAAAGUGUUGAUGUAGGAUUGCAAGGUUUGCGUGAAAAAGGUCAAGGUCUUCUGGAUCAGAUCUCCAAUCAGGCAUCCUGGGCAUAUGGAAAGGAUGUAACCAUUGAAAAUAAAGAAAAUGUGGACCACAUACAAGGAGUGAUGGAAGAUAUGCAGCUUAGGAAACAAAGAUGUGAAGACAUGGUAGAUGUGCGAAGGUUAAAGAUGCUUCAAAUGGUGCAGCUGUUUAAAUGUGAAGAAGAUGCUGCCCAGGCAGUAGAAUGGCUAAGUGAACUUCUGGAUGCUCUGCUUAAGACCCACAUCAGAUUGGGCGAUGAUGCCCAGGAAACGAAAGUUUUACUGGAAAAGCAUAGAAAAUUUGUUGAUGUCGCACAGAGCACUUAUGACUAUGGAAGACAGUUGCUACAGGCCACCGUUGUGUUGUGCCAAUCUUUGCGCUGCACUUCUCGGUCAUCUGGGGAUACACUUCCUCGACUGAACAGAGUAUGGAAGCAAUUUACGAUAGCAUCUGAAGAGAGAGUACAUAGGCUGGAAAUGGCUAUUGCAUUCCACUCAAAUACCGAAAAGAUUUUGCAAGACUGUCCAGAAGAGCCUGAAGCUAUUAAUGAUGAGGAGCAAUUUGAUGAAAUUGAAGCAGUUGGGAAAUCACUUUUGGAUAGAUUAACUGUUCCUGUAGUUUAUCCUGAUGGAACUGAACAGUAUUUUGGGAGUCCAAGUGACAUGGCUUCUACUGCAGAACACAUCAGAGACAGGAUGAAACUAGUUAGUCUCAAAAGACAGCAGCUGAGACAUCCUGAAAUGAUGACAACAGAGAGCUAAUGGCAACCAGCUUCCCACAGAUCUGCGUUCACAAUAAUCCUGCAUGUCAUCGGCAUACUGCAGCAUUAGCCACAAUACAUUAAGAUACAUUUCACAGCCAAGAUAAGCCUCAUUUCUUCCCAUUACACAUUUCUCUCUACAUGUUAACACCUUGCAACUACCAAGGCAUAAUUAUUUAACAUGCUUUGAGACCAUAGACUCCAAGUAUCUUAAAAGAAGGAACUAUAAACAUUGCACUGAAAACCUGCUUUAAAGCUUUACCUGACCUGUCAGUUUGUAGAUGAACAACUGAUAAUAAGCUUUGAGUGGUGCUAAUAAGAGUUUAGGAAUUCUCUAUAUAAAAAUAAUUGCCCUUCCUCCCCAGGUGAUGUAGUAAAUUUAGACUAUAGUAAAAUGGUUAUUAGUAAACAGUGGUGUCCUCAAAAUUUUACUUUUUAAUUUUUCUUCAAAAUUGAUUAUUUUUAUUGUGUCAGUAUGAAGAAAACAUUCAGAUCUUUGAUAUAUCAUAGUCAUUGAAAGACAUUUUCCUAUUUGUAAUGAUAAUGUAUUAAAAGUUGUUUGUGCUUAAUAAAAGGCUUCUUUUAAACAUCGUAUUUAAUUUGGUGGUUAUAUCCUAUUUCCAAACAUGAGUGCCUUAUUAAAAAGGGCAUUCUUAGGAUUGUGAGGAUGGUUUAAUACUUGUUUUUUCAAGUUGGUUGCAUGUGUUUUAGCCUGAAGAUUCAUAUGUAAGCAUGUGUAUAUAAUAAAUAAGCAUGUUUUAUCAUGAAAAAUUAAUUGUAAAGAACAGUUUAGGUCUUUAAGAACUUACAAGUAAUGGGAAUACUGUUUCUAAUUUUUCUCUAUUUCAACUUGAAAAAAUGUUAUUCAAAUUAUUAACUACCCUGCAGAUACUUUGUUUUGGAGGAGGAGGCUGGGGAAGAAGGCAUACACAAUUACUUAAGUGUAAUCCUCUAUAUCAGAGUUAUCUUUCUGGAACUAAAGUAGCAGUUGUUAAGUUUAAUUUCUUAUGCUAGGCUAGAAGCAAAAUUCUGAAGUCUAAUGAAAAACUGUGCAGCUCUUUUA